AUGCUCAAGCCUCGUUUUGGUGUCAGGUGGAAGUCUCAAAUUCACUACACUGACAUAUCUCAAAUCCCUGAAUUUAGCAAGUAUUCUCCUACUAAAUCCAUUAGUGAACUUGCUCCAUACAUUUCUACCACAUUAUGCGCAUAUCCGGAGAAGUCUAAAUAUGUUAACCAGCAACACUAUUAUCAAAAUAAGAACAUUUUGGAGGGAUAUUAUCUGACCAAGCAGCCGAACCCAGUGUCUCUUACGCAAUUAGCACAAUAUUACGAUGACUCAACAACCCUUACAAGGCACAAAAUCAUAAAUAGUGGCAGAUUCGUGAAAGAAGAAUUAGCCAUUCGUAUAGCACACAAGAUACAUUUACUACAGACUUUACCUUUCAAUGUGGUGAAUAAUUUCCAUUUUGGCCAGGUAUAUGAAUCAUAUUACAAUAUUUUUGAUCGAUUCAGACGUUAUCCAGCCAUUAGAACUUUAGAAGAUAAUCAAAAGUUUGCAGACUUCCUUCGCCAUAUAUUAUCAGAUUUUAACUCUUUGAAUCUACCUCAUUUGAUCAUGGGCGCCUUGGAAUGCAGGAUUUUGGAGCUAUAUCCACAGGACCGAAUGGAUGAAGUCAUAUCAAGUUUACUUCGCGCACGUAUAUCGAGAAGACUUAUAGUUGAAGAGCACUUGAGUAUAACUUCAAAUUUCCUCAGCGGAAAAAAGAAGAAUACUCUGGUUCUUGGUGACAUCUUUCAAGAGUGUAGUGCUUGUGAUUAUUUGAUGGGUGCCAAGAAAAUGUGCGAGAAUUUCAUUAAAGAUAUGUACUUCGAUGGAAUUCCACUACCCAAGUUCACCGUUGAUGGUAAUAAAGACCUCAAAUUUUACUUCCUUCCUCCACAUUUGAAGUAUUUAUUAGGCGAGACUCUAAGAAACAGCUAUGAGGCAACAAUGAAAGAAUAUAUAAGGAAAGGAUUGUCAGAACCAUCACCAAUUACUGUAACCAUUGUUUCUAAUGAGCAGUCAUUUUUGUUCCGAAUUUCUGACCGUGCAGGAGGGAUUCCACACGACGACAAGACCAUAUGGUCUUUCGGAAAGUCGAAAGAGCUUGCCAGACAGUCUUUGGACAAUUUUCAUAAACUUCCAGGGCUUCAGACCGUUUCAUUAUAUGAUUACAUGUAUGAAAAUGCGACGUGCGGUCCUCCCAAUCAGCCUUACAAGUUUACUUCAUUAGAACCUAUCAGCGACACCAAUUUGCCACGAGGAAUCUCCAAGUUUGAUAAGCCUUUAUUGGGCUUGCUUGAACGUUCCUCUCGAUACAAAUUGGGGAUUGGGCUCGCAAUGUGCAAAGUUUACGCUGAGUAUUGGAAUGGUGAUUUAACUGUGCAUUCUAUCCAGGGUUAUGGCACGGAUACUGUUUUAAAACUGGGUAAUUUGAUGUAUCAUACUCAUAAGCUUCAGUUAGAUAAGGUUUAG